AUGGAAAAAGGAAUCCAAAAAUCAUUUAGGAAUAAAUUUCCAGAGCUAGUCGAUAUCAUUGAGGAUUUUGGCAUCCUAGAAAUGGAAAGCAAAAUCAAAACCGCAAAAGCCGGCCAAACGACCAAACGAAAGGUAGCCAAAAUUACACAUAAUGAUAAUGAAGAAGACAUUUACGGAAAACUGGUGAUGCUCAAAACUGAAUGCGAAGAAGAAGAAAACAUCGCCCUACACAAGCCGGAAAAAAUGGGACUAGACAGAUUUAAAAAAAUGACGGAAGCAAUAUUUCACGACUGCACGACACAGGUCAUUAUCUAUAUUAAAGAAGGGGACAAGGAGGAAAGAAACCCUAAUCAAAUAACAGAGGCAUGGAGAACGCAGAAAAAGAAAACUAAAAAAGAGCAUCCUAAUUAA